UAGAAGAAAGGAUUUUUGGGGGGAGGGUAGACAGGGCAUCACCAUUUUGCCCAGAUUGUCCUUAUGCUUCUGGUCUUAUAGUCUCAUGUGGUCCUCCUCUUUCAGCUUCCUGAGUAGCUGAGACUACAGGCAUGAACCAUCGUGCUUGGCCUAGAAGAAAGGAUUUUAAAAGUUUGCAUAGAAAGAACUUGAAGAGAUACAUAUAUUUAUCUUGAUUUAAACCUACUACAGUAUAUAGAUGUAUCAAAACAUCACCCCAUUAAAUCCUGUGUGCGGAAACUCACAUGAGACAGCUCAGUCUAGAAGGGUAGUCAUUUCUCAUAAUAUGGACAAAGCUCUGAAAGAAGUGGCAAAUGUUCCUGUAAGUAAGUUGUCUACGUUAUGCAAAGGGUCAAACUUGAAAAUGAUCAUGAUAACAGAAGUGUUUGACUACAGUUAUAGAGAUUACAUCCUUUCCUGGUAUGGGAACCUCAGCAGAGAUGAGGGACAGCUUUACCAUCUGCUCUUGGAAGACUUUUGGGAGAUUGCCAGACAGCUGCGCCACAGGCUCAGUCAUGUGGAUGUUGUUAAAGUUGUCUGCCAUGAUGUUGUAAGGACUCUGCUCACUCAUUUCUGUGACCUGAAAGCUGCUAAUGCCAGACAUGAGGAACAGCCAAGGCCUUUUGUGUUGCAUACAUGCUUGAGGAACUCAAAUGAUGAAGUAAGAUUCCUUCAAACAUGUUCUCAGGUUCUGGUGUUUUGUCUUCUCCCCUCAAAGGAUGUCCAGUCUGUCAGCUUACGUACAAUGCUUGCAGAAAUUCUCACAAGAAAAGUCUUGAAGCCAGUUGUGGAGUUACUGAGUAAUCCAGAUUACAUUAACCAAAUGCUGCUUGCCCAGUUGGAGUACAGAGAACAGAUGAAUGAACAUCACAAGAGAGCCUACACAUAUGCCCCUUCUUAUGAAGAGUUCAUCAAACUUAUCAACAGCAACUCUGAUGUGGACUUCUUGAAGCAACUAAGGUAUUUAGUUCUUAAAUAUAGCACAACAAUAGCUGUUAAUUAUUAUACCAUUCCAAGGUAGGCCAAAAAAUAUAUAUAUGUAUG